AUGAUUCAACGACUUCAUAAAACGUACGAAACAAGUGUACGUCAGACUCUUUCGGAACAAUUUCAGUAUACCAAUACACAUGAAGUUCCUGCUUUAACAAAAAUUGUCAUUAACCGUGGAGUUGGAGAUGCUGCCCAAAAUGCAAAACUUUUAGAAAGUUUCUCUAACGAAUUAACCGUUUUAUCUGGGCAAGUGCCUGUGGUAAAACGUGCCAAAAAAGCAAUUGCGGGCUUCCAAGUUCGUGAAGACAUGCCGAUUGGGCUUUGUGUAACUCUCCGUGGAGAGCGCAUGUAUGCCUUUUAUGAUCGUCUUGUCAACCUUGCUUUACCACGUAUUCGUGAUUUCCAAGGAAUUAGUCCAAAAUGUUUUGAUGGACAUGGCAACUUUAACCUUGGUUUAACGGAGCAAUUAAUGUUCCCUGAAUUAAACUAUGACAGUAUUGAUCAAGUUUGUGGAAUGGAUAUUUCCAUUGUUACAAGUUCAAAUACUGAUCAAGAAGGUCACGCUUUAUUAAAAGCACUUGGGAUGCCGUUCAAAGACGGCCCUGUGACUUAA